AUGUUGCAUAUCGAUGUUCACUUCCGCUCUGAUGUGAACUUCCUCUUUCUCGUCUUGUACUUCUGCAGUCCUGCUGUGAACUUCUCCAGGUGGGCUUUAGGCAUCAUGCAGAAUAAUGACAAAGAGGGCUUACCUCUUCUGUGUGGAGGUCGAUCCCUAUCCCUAUCCCUGUCCCUGUCCCUGUCUCUGUCUCGAUCCCUCCAGCUUCUUCUUCGAUACUCAUCCUCUGGAGGAAUUUGUGGCACCAAAAUGGGAAGGACUGGUGCAGUCUCCAACCCUGGGAUUAUUUCUGGUGUUUCAUUUGGAGAUGGAAGAGGUGACCUCUUGGGCACAACUAUCCCAGAUGUCAUGUUUGCCACCUCCAUGUAUCCUGGUAUGACUCCUGGAGGGACUGAGGAAAAUGAAAGCGACACUGUCCGCCCUCCUAAUGUUACAACCAAGGGAAGGCCUCCAAAGCACCCCAGAUUGGUCUAUCAUCAUCCAGAUGAGGAGGACUAUGAUACUGCAGAACAGGAGAAGGAGAACGAUGGGGAUUCCGAUUGUGAACACCCAAUGGGGCUGGGUGCAUGGGACGCAGGGAGGAGCUAUAUAUUUAGAUUUUUGUUUUGCCACAGUGAAUUGAGUAGUGGCAGCAAAUACAGAGACCUGGAAUUUGGUGUAGGAUAUGAGCUGGAGAUGGUUGGUGGUGGGGGUGGCGGAGGAAAAAGAACACGAAGAUCCUCAUCUCUUGCUAAUAUUGAGGAACUUUCAUCUUUCUCAUCAUCUCCACAAGUUCCAUUCUCUCCCAAGUUUUUCUCCUUCACCUCAUCUUUUUCUGAGAGCAAGCAACAUGUUUUCUGUACAAUCAGGAUACAGUACGGUCAAGUCCAAAACCGAAGUGCAGUGAAAGACAGCGGCAUCUUGGGCUGGAUGACACCAAAUGGUCCAAGUGAGCUGAGACUUUAUGGAAAUGUUGACCACUUCUUCUUUGUUUGCAUGAACAUUCCUCGCAACCUAAGCAACCUGACUUUCAAUAGAUUCUCUGCUUCUGGAGUUUGUGAGGGAAAAGGAGAGGGUUAUGGUGAAAGUUUCGUAGUUGAUGAAAGCAGUUGUCUAGAAUAUCACCUCCCAGGCUGCUUUGAGGGGUGGGGGAAAGGUGAUCAGGAUUAUUGUGGGGACUCUAAAGGUGGUUCCAGGUCUGGUACAGAUAUGGACUUUCUCAGCGUAGCUUCACACGGAAAAAAACCAAUGCCUUUGACCCAAAGGGAUAUCUACAACAUCAUGAGGCAGAUGAACCAAGCUGACCUUGUUGACUCAAGUGUCAUUCCUGUGUUGGACAAGUUCAUUCAAGCCCAUUAUAAAAUAAGCCAAGAUUUUCACAAAUUGCAACUCAACCUGUUGCAGAUGCCUCUCGACAGCUUGAACUAUGGCAGGUGCAUGCUGAAUUCCAUCUUCUGCAAGCAUGGUCCUGCAGCAAGACCAAAAGUAGUUGGUCCUCACCUACACCUUAAGAUGACAAUUAAUCUUCAGAAGGCUGUCGAACUAGGACCCCAGUUCCACCAAAACAAGACUAAGUGA